CUUCCGCUGCUGAUGGGAUAAACCAACUCAGAUUUGGGCUUUUCAUUUUCAACCACAUUUUGAUGCUCACAUGAUGAUGUCUAAGGCUGAAAAUGUCGCUCCUCCCGAAGGCCUCGGGGGACCCUGGAGACGUGGGCACCUUAACCUAUGGAGUGAGAUGACUUCUUGGCAGGCUGUGAGGAUGACUUGCUCUCAAGGGUGUCCUGGAGCUGCAGUGGGUAGGGGUGACUCACAGACAGCCGAGGGUGGGACCGAGGAAGUCUGCCUGGAAACCUGUACAGGAGAAGAGUUCGAUUUGGGGCAGGACGUGCUAAUGGCAUCGAGUCCCAAGAACAUGUCUUUAGUCCUAAGAGUCCGUGGCUUGAGAGCUGGAGCGCCUGAGAAUUGCUCGGUUAUUCCACGCAUCGGUUGUCCCUCAGGUUUUUCUGCUGUGGAAAGAUCCCCAGAGAGAGAUGUUGGAAGCACAGCCCGGCAUUGCUGUGGAAACAGAGCUCGCCCGUCUGCGCCCCAGCAGAAUUGCAUCAUCUACUCUCUGUACGGCAGCCCGCACGGAGAAAUAGACCCAGAACGACAAUCCGACACUCCCACGGGCUGCGUGCCACUUUGCCGUACAUCACGCACCUGCAUGGAGAGGGGUUUUGUGCAGGGGGGGACAGGCUCCCACACCUCCUCCACCCUUAUGCGACUGACUCAUCUGUGGCCCCCCGAGGAGGCUUCACUGACUGCCCUGCAGAGCCCCUCCCCCGACCCUCAGGAAAGCGCUCAGCACGAGAUCCCUCUGAAACAGGGGCCUCCGUGCAUCCAGUGCUGUGCUCGGCAGGUGCAGGUGUCCACAGAAUCUCAGAGAAUAAGGGAGUGA